UCGCAACACUGAUAUUCACAUUCCAAUUCCACCACCAGCAACAACAAAAGAUCCAACCCGAGGGCACACAUAAAUUGUUAAAAAAAACGUUCCACAAAAGGAAAUAUUCGCAGAUAAAACUAAGAAAUCAACGCAAAUCACACAACUUGUCAGCAGGAUGUCCGUGAGAGAUUUCAUCAAGGGCCUGCCCAUCCACGAUUCAACCAAUUUCACCCACUUGAGCAACGAACACGGGAUUCGGACUUCGCAGAAGAGGGCUUCUGUUUACCUGCCCACCGAGGACGAGCAUUCCGAGCAGCUGAUCGUGAUGGACAAGCGCUGCGUCCUGCUGCGCUACCUCACCCAGCAGUGGGACAAGAAGACGCUCCAGCGGAAGCGGGAGCACGGCAACGAGUCCGGAACUGGCAACGGCAACAGCUCCACGCCCAACGGCAAUGGCUCCAGCAGCAAAAAGCGCCCCCGACUGGACCCCAACGAGCUGAACUGAGCGGCAGGACCAACCAGGACCAGUCUCCAGCCGCACGAAGGACAUCCCAUACAGAACACGCGCCCCAGAGCUUCGCCAGCACGAGCCACCCUUCAUUCAUAAACACAUUUAAUUUACAAUACACAAAGUACAAAGGAGUUGCAGUCAAACUUCCAAUACUUGAAGUCGCAUAGAGAAUUCGCUUUCAAUAUUUUGUUCACCUUUGUUUAUAGAGUUAAAAACGACCUUUUCAUGUAAUUCGUUACCAGGUUAAUAUUUUUUUCAACAAAAGAAACUUCUUGUCUUUGUUAUGGCCAUAACUAAAGAGUACUUUGUGCUUACCUAGAAAAAUAAACUUCUAGAUCUGUUCUUGUAACUUUAAAUGUAGCCAAAUUACCAUUAACUUGAUAUUACAUUUAACGAAUAUACUUCUGAAUUUACAUGUAAACAACUGUUUAUCUUAUUCAGAUAGUUGUGAGCUAUAUAUCAAGAAUAUAUACUCAUGAAUUCAAGAUAGUAGAAUAUUAUUUCAGUUGAAAAAAUAUUCUGACUUUGACUAAAGGAAGUUCGACUGAGUCCUGGUACAAAACACAUAUUAUAUCACAUACUCUGAGCUCCAAUAGAUUUACUUUUAAAGACAAA